UCUACCUUCCGAUUUAAGCAAAAAGCAAAGGAAAAACCAUCUCUCUCUCUCUCGAUUUCGACGAUAAAACCAUUGAUUCAUCUACUCCACCUCGCUCUCCCGCUCUCCUUUUCUGUUUUCUUUCCUAGGAUUAGGGUUGAGGUUAUCGAUUCCAUGGGGCAGCAAUCGUUGAUCUACAGCUUCGUCGCACGAGGGACGGUGAUCCUAGCCGAAUACACGGAAUUCAGCGGCAACUUCACCAGCAUAGCCUCCCAGUGCCUCCAGAAACUCCCCGCCUCCAACAACAGGUUCACCUACAACUGCGACGGCCACACUUUCAAUUACCUCGUCGACAACGGCUUCACUUACUGUGUGGUUGCAGUUGAGGCUGUUGGGAGACAAAUUCCAAUUGCCUUCCUUGAGCGAAUCAAGGAGGAUUUUACCCAAAGAUAUGGUGGGGGAAAGGCUGCAACUGCAGUUGCCGGUAGCCUCAACAAGGAGUUUGGGCCCAAAUUGAAGGAGCAGAUGCAGUAUUGUGUAGAUCACCCGGAGGAGAUCAGCAAGCUGGCCAAAGUGAAAGCUCAGGUCUCAGAAGUCAAAGGAGUUAUGAUGGAAAAUAUUGAGAAGGUUCUUGAUCGUGGAGAAAAGAUCGAGCUUCUGGUGGAUAAAACAGAGAACCUUCGUUCUCAGGCACAGGAUUUCAGGCAGCAAGGAACCAAGAUGAGGAGAAAGAUGUGGUUGCAGAAUAUGAAGAUAAAGCUGAUAGUUCUUGGUAUCCUGAUUGCCUUGAUUCUCAUCAUUGUUCUCGCUGCUUGUGGUGGUUUCAAUUGUGGUAACAAGUGAAUUGGUGCUCUACGAUUUGGUUAAUGCUGGUUUACCUAUAGUUUUGUUUUUGGUUACAUGGUCCACUUUCUGCUGUAUGUUGUACGAUGAUGCCUGUAUAGUUUGUAUCCCCGAGUGUUUUUGAAACAAGUCUGUCGCAUGUCGUGUGUUAAGCUUGUCGCAGGUCAUUCAUGUGUUACAUUACACACAUCUGGUUGAGGAGUAUCAUUUUUUAGCAUUGAGGUUGAAGCAAUGAAAUGGAGUCAACCACUGCGUUGCAUUUGAUGA